AUGCCGCUCUUUCAGCCUGAGCGUGUUGCUGUGAUUGGGGGCGGCUGCACGGGAAUCACCUCCUUCUGGGCGCUGCAGAACUCCUCCCACGAUGUUCAUCUGUUCGAAGCCUCAGCCGCUCUUGGUGGGCGUGUCAAGACCCUGCCGUUUGAGCAUAACAGCAACCGAGUCGAUGUGAACACCGAUUCGCCCAAUUUCAAUGCUGAGGCUUCUCCCAACCUGGUCUCGUUGUUACACUACCUUGGGGUUACCACCGUCAAAGCUCCGUUGACUUUCGGGGCCACCGAUGGGAUCAACAGCUUCCAGUGGUGCGGCAGCAUGCUGAAAAGCAUCCUUAUUCGUCCAUGGAUCUUAUGCAAUAUAGAAACCUAUCGCAUCCUAUCGGAUGUUAUUUGGCUAAAGUAUUUGGCCGUGGAUGUGCUUGAUACUGGUUCACAGGCUUGUAAACCCACCGAGACUGAGCCGCCGUUGUCUACGCAUGAGUAUCUCUCAGGCGAAGGAUACUCUAACACCUUUCUUGAGAACUACCUAGCUCCACUGCUGUCCAUACUCUGGAGCACUAAUGCUGGAAGGUUCCUGUCGCGGCUGCCUGCGAAAGCCCUCGUCCGGUGUCUGUAUGAUCAUCAGUUGUUGAAACCCCGUCAAGCGUCACCGAAUUGGCGUUGUAUCAGACCAGGGGCGGGCCAGCUCAUCGAAGCCAUAUCCAUGAAUUUCCCCAGCUCGAAGGUGCACCUCAAGACUAGGGUCCUAGAGGUAGUUCAGUGUGGGAAGAAGUAUGGUAUCUUGACGUCCGAUGGCCAAGAGAUGUUCUUCAAUCACGUCGUCUUUGCGGUGGACAGCCAUGAGACCAUCAAGCUCCUUGGGUCGCACGCCACUGCGCAAGAAAGGGAAACCAUCCAGAACUUGGGAUCUACCAGAAAUAUUUCGGUUUUACAUUCAGACCCUCUCCUCAUGCCCAAUGCCGAGUACCCAGGGCCUUCCUGCAACUACAUCAUCGGGCCCAGUAACCACCCAUCAUCACACAUCUCUAGCCUCGGUUACAUCGCGAAUUUUUUAGAAAGCAUUCCCACACACAUCUACGGACCCAUAUACAUCACCCUGAACCCCUUCACCCCACCGCACCCUAGCCACGUGCAAGGCGUAUGGGAGUUCACCGACCCAGAGCCCAGCGCUCAGACCCUCCUUGCGCAAAGCCGCCUUCCUUCCAUACAGAACAAACGCGGUCUAAGCUAUGGCGUGUACUGGACAGGUCGCGGACACCUAGAGGACGCCGUCACCGCGGGGCUUAGAAUCGCUAUAGAAGACCUAGGCGCCAAAGUCCCUUUCCACGUGCAGUACCACCAAGACCCGCUGGAGGCAGCCAGCUCAGCGCCUCCACGUCUAGGCUUGAAAGAGAACCUGAUUCGAACCACGCUCCGUUUGGUCCGCGUCUAUAUCCUCAUCCUGAGACUCAUUCUGGUCCUGUUGAGUGCUCUACCGAAUCCAGCAGCCAGGGUUAAGGCUCGUUUUAGACCAAUGUGCAACAAGACCGGUGCAACGAAGACCUCUUAA